UUAGGAACUUCGGAACGUAUAGCGAAAUUUUGAACAAUUUAAAGAUACAGCAAAGCUAACAAAAUCCAGAGAAGCUCCUUGUUGCUGUGUUUCUUUUGAUCCAGCAGGACUGACGUUUUAAUCUUCGUUUAUCCGAAGUAAAGUUUACGAAGAUGAGCUUCCUAUUUGGCAGUCGGUCAUCAAAGACGUUCAAGCCAAAGAAGAACAUUCCAGAAGGUUCUCACCAGUAUGAGCUGUUAAAGCAUGCAGAGGCCACACUGGGCAGUGGGAACCUUCGACAGGCUGUCAUGUUACCCGAGGGAGAAGAUCUUAAUGAGUGGAUUGCUGUCAACACCGUGGACUUUUUUAACCAGAUUAACAUGCUUUAUGGCACCAUCACUGAGUUCUGCACCGAGACCAACUGCCCUGUCAUGUCUGCAGGACCCAGGUAUGAGUACCACUGGGCUGAUGGCACCAACAUUAAGAAGCCAAUCAAAUGCUCCGCUCCCAAAUACAUUGAUUAUCUGAUGACCUGGGUACAGGACCAGCUGGAUGACGAAACUCUGUUCCCCUCUAAGAUUGGAGUGCCGUUCCCUAAGAACUUUAUGUCGGUGGCGAAGACCAUUCUGAAACGUCUGUUCAGAGUCUAUGCUCACAUCUACCACCAGCACUUUGACUCCGUCAUCCAGCUACAGGAGGAGGCGCACCUCAACACCUCCUUCAAACACUUCAUCUUCUUUGUGCAGGAGUUCGGUCUCAUUGACCGUAGAGAGCUGGCUCCACUGCAGGACCUGAUUGAGAAGCUGGGGACUAAAGACAGAUAAAACACGUUUGUCUCUCUCCUCCUCUCAGUUUUUACGUCUGUGCCUCCUGACAGCACUCCAUACUUGUAUUUAACCUCCACUUUUUCAGCUGUCUUCCCUAUGUACUGUUAACAAAUUUUUAAUUUUCCCUGUCUCUCUAACAGUGUCUCUGCCUCUUCCAGUGGAGAGUGAUGUGUAACAAUCUUAGCAAUAAGUCAUGUCACUUCUAAUGGAUACAAUGUCUGUCCCACUUCUGAAAGAUUCAUUUAAGCCUCUACACUCUGAAACCACAUUCAUCUGUUUCAAAAUUGACUUCAUACUGAGAUAUCACAAAGAUUCGGUAACUGUGAUUAGUUAUUAUAGUGGUUACAUUGUAGUUAGAUAAAUUGUUAUGUGACAGUUGACUAAGAGUGGAAAUAAUUAAUAUUUUUUAUGAGGAGAAUGCCCAAGAACAAAUGCUAUUUUUCAUUUUAUUGUAUGGUUUUUAUUUUUUAUUUUACACCGUAAUCAGGACCUUCAGUAUUGGGAGCCUGGUUAAAUUGGGGACCAAGGUUUUUUUUUUUUUAAGGGAUGAAAACAGCCUCCAGUGGUUUAGUUAAGAAAUUGUAAUGGAAACCAGCAUUUUUACAUCUAAACUAUUAAAAUGAAGUCAGUUUUAUGAUCUAUCUUGUAACAUACACACAUUUUUUAUGAUUUUGUCUGUAAUGUUUUAGAAGUUGUUAGAUGU